UUAAAUAAAAUUCCGGCAGGAAACAAAACAAAAGAGUUUCCUCUCACAACAAUAGACCCACAAGAUCCAACUACUAAGCCGGACAGAAAUAAAAGUUAGGGAUCUCGUUCCAACCGAAUGGUAACCUGAUAAUGCGGUCGCAGUCACUCAAACUCAACGUUUCCGUCAGUUACGUUUGGCCUGUCCUCAGGGCAACAUCAACAAGUGAACACUCGGUAAACAAAGAAACGUAUCUGUAUACAGGGAGUGCAAUAUGAAGAAUCACUACGGGACCAUCAGUGACAUGAAAGAAUAUGAUGUUCGACCAAAAACCGCCGCAAUGACCCGAUGCGAGGAGAAGCAGCACCUCCUCGACAGCGACUACCAGAGCGAAAGCGCGUCCAUCAACAUGGAGAGCGGCUUCACGCAGAUGGACGACCCCAUCUUCAACAGGAGCAUCGAACAUCCCACUUCCAAUUUCGACACGAUGAUCCACCUGCUCAAAGGCAAUAUCGGCACCGGCAUCCUGGCGAUGCCCGACGCCUUCAGAAACGCCGGUUGGGUCGUGGGCCUCUUGGGCACCGUGCUCAUGGGUAUCGUCUGCACCCACUGCAUGCACAUGCUGGUCGGGUGCUCUCACGAACUGUGCCGGAGGACGCAGAGGCAAUCGUUGAAUUUCGCAGAAGUCGUUGAGAAUGCAUUUAAGUUUGGUCCGGGAUGUUUGCAAAGAUUUUCUGGACUUGCCAAGGUUUUACCAUUAGAAAAUAAUAUGAAAACUCCCCAAGAUUUCGGAGGUUGGAAUGGUGUUCUCAAUACCGGUAUGGUAAUCGUCGGUGCCUUGUACACGUCAGUAGGAUUUUUUGGAUACCUCAAGUAUGGUGAUAAGGCCGUUUUAGGGAGCGUUACGCUUUUGCUGCCAGUUAAUGAAUUCUUGUCACAAUCUGUACGACUGAUGAUGGCUGUGGCAAUUUUCUUAUCGUACAGCUUGCAGUUUUACGUACCUUUCCAAAUCGUCUGGCCCAUGAUAGGAAGACAUUUCGAGAACGAAAAAACCCAAGAUAUAGCGGAGUACAUCACCAGAACCGUAUUGGUUUUCAUAACUUUCCUGUUCGCUAUCGCGAUACCCAAUUUGGGUGCCGUUAUUUCUCUAGUUGGUGCUUUCAGCAGUUCCGCCUUGGCUCUGAUAUUUCCGCCACUGAUAGAAAUCAUUACUUUUUGGCCCGAUAAGUUGGGAAAACAUAAAUGGGUUCUGUGGAAGGAUAUUGCCAUUAUUUUGAUUGGUUUCUUCGGAUUCCUUAUUGGGUCUUAUACAAGUUUAUUGAACAUCCUUCACCCUCAAACAAUGUAGAGAGUUUUACCCAUUUGAUAUCAAGUGCUACCAUGAAGUAGAGAGCUGUUGCUCAACAUAUUCUCUUCGUAUCAAAGAGCUUCCCAUUUGACAAUAAAAAUGUGUAGAUUUAUGAUUAUUUGAUGUUAGUCAAUUCCAGAUGUGUAGUUUGAGCAGCAGUAGCUUUGUUGAGAUUUGCAGUAAAGUCAACUUUUGGACGCUGAUUGAUGGUAAUUUCCAGAAAGACGAUAAAAUCCUGUAGUGCCACCUUUUAUAUCAGUAAAGAAUACAAGUCAAAGUCGCUCUUGUUUUGUCUUGAAUUCAGACGCAAAUUUUCAGUUAUUGCACACAAAUUCUUAUUUGUACAUCACGUCAUUGAAUUGGAUUUUUCCACCUCACCAUUUUUCAUGAUAAAUGUAUAAUUUCACAACCAUGAGAAGGUAUCUGGCUUGCUACUUAGGUGAGUGUUAGGUUUCCAUUGUUGUAUCACUUUACAUUUGCUAAGAAGGAUUUAUAGCUAAUCAUGAAAUUUGGUUCCCAAAUAGUGGAUUUUACAGACUGAAUUCACAUUUUGAAAAGCCCAAAGCUGCUGUCAAACUGACACAUACUUUAGUGUGAGUUGGAACUUUUAUGUUAUGGUUGGUAUGUUAUGUUAUGAUGUUGGCAGCAGUUCAACUGUUCCACAAUAAACUUAAUUUUAUUGUACAGGAGCAAGUUCCGACAUUAAUUGAAAGAUGAUGAAUGUUUUGUGAUAGUAGUGUUUAAUUCGACCACAUUAUGCAUUUAUUUAUAUUUAUAUGUACUGUUAGAUAUAUAAUUAUCUAGUCAUUACCAGUUUUGGCUAUUCAUAAUCUAGUCAUCACCAGUUUUGGCUAUUUAUAGUAAUUUUAGAUUCGAUUCCCGUUCAAGAAUGGGUUUUGUUCCUUUCAUCAUAGUGAAGUGUUGUAUUUAUUAGGUGUCACAUUGAAGAUUUAAGCACUUAUCAGAACUUCACAAUCAAAAAGUUUUUUGAGUUUCAUGAUUUUUUAUCAAAUUCAGCUUUACUUCACGAAAGCAUAUAAGAAAUACUGUAAAUUGAAAAAUUCUCACCUACAACUGUGAAUUCAAACGUAUUAGUAUGAAGUUACAAGUACAACUGUAAAUUGUCAAAUUCACUUUCAUGAUUGUAAAUUUUGACAAACCUCUGUAGAUAGCAAUCUCCUGACAUCUACACUUUGCACUCGGCAUAACAGAUGUCAGUUAAUGAAAACAAAAUCUUAACAUAAUCUAGCCAAAACUAUAGUCAACUAAUAAAUUUUAAUAGGUGAUAUACUUUUCAAGUUCUAGUUGCACUAGUUGAAUCGAACUUCAGCUAGCAAGAUUGGGUUACAGGUAAAUUUUUAUUUCACUGACAAUAUGCUAAAUGAAUUUGCAAUAAAUGCAAUGUGCUGACAUCUAUUCUGCGUAGUAAAAAGUGUACAUGCGAGGAACUUGCUGUCUACAGAUGCUGAUCAUAAUUUACAGUUAUAAAAAUUAAUUCAUAGUUAUAAAUAAAUCCCUUAUUGAACACUCUAGAUUAGUAGCAGCAAUUAAAAAUGUGAGACAUUCACAAGCCAAAGUGAGACAUCUUAAUAAUUAUUUUCAAAUAUGGCUCCUAAGUUUUGCCUAGAAUUUAUUCUUGGCCGGUGCCUUUCUUAGUUUUCCUCGUGUUAUGUUCACUUGACAGAUUUAACAAUGUUUUUAUCUUGUCCCUGGCAGAAGUUAUUUUCUAAGGUUCUUCGUAUCUUUUUUUGUGUAGUUCUAUGUCAUUUCCUUUUUACUUUUGGAUUUUUUUGUAUACAAUUUCCUCGACUGUCAGUUCAUUCUUCAUGUACCUGUAUUUUAACCAGUGCUAUUUUGAAGGGACCGUUUUUUGAAUUAUUCACUGUGUCAAAUGAUAAUAUUACCAAUUAUGUACAUAUCAUAUAUUUAUUUACGUUGUAUUAUAUUUUU